ACACACCCUCUGUGCACUUCACUCUGCACAUUCUUCCCAGAAUCAAAGAGCAGAGGCACAGCGCAAACACAUCUCCGGCCUCAGAAAUGGCCGAAAAAGAAGCAGCAUCUGUUGGUAAUGGACAGUCGACAGUGGCUGAGUCAGCACAGAGUGGUCUUACAGCGCCGCCUGCAGGCAGCCACGGUGCCUUGCAGGACAGACUGAGCUUCACCCCACUGGACUCAGACGCUCACAGGGUGGUUCAGCCUUUCCCACGCUCUCCAAAACUACAAAGGAAGAUCGCCAAAGCUGCACAGCCCUCUCAGGAGCAGCUGUCUAGACGCAUGGAGGAGCUGCAGGCAGAGAGGACCAGGACCGAGGCUCGCAUCCAGUCUCUGAAGAAACGCAAGGCAGACCUCUCUAGGAGCACCGAGACGAUGAAGCAGCAGGUUCGAGAGCACUUUGACAACAUGCGCCGCGUCCUGAAGCAGGACGAGAAGGCCGUGCAGGACUCUCUGGACCUGGACCUGAGACAGACCCGGACCAGACUGGACCAGGUGGUGAAGAAGUGGAAGCAGCACCAGGACCAGGUGACUCAGGGCAUCGUCAGCAUCCAGAGAGCACUGGGCCACAGCGCCGCUGGGCCACAGGAAGACGCCAUGGGUCAGUCUGAACAUCUGAGCGCUAAAAAGCCAGAUGCCUCUGAGAAGCAAAUCCGGCUGAAUGAAGAGAGAUUUGAAAGGCUCCUAAAAACAUUAUCCUCCAUCACCAAACACCUGAAAGCUCAGCUGCAGAGGAAGACUCUCCUGUUAGAUUCCUCCCCGGUGGUGAUUGACAGGCAGACUUGCCAUAGCCAGAUAACAGUGACCUCGGAGGGGCGGGGCAUGUCCUUCUCAGGCACUGGCCGCUCAGCUCCGGAGCAUCCCCUCCAGUUUGAUAAAGUGUGCUGCGCUGUGGGCUUGUCUCCCGUCUCAGCCGGGCAGAGCUACUGGGAGGUUGAGGUCCGCUGCUGCUCUGCCUGGGCCGUGGGCGCGGCCUACGCCAGCCUGGAGAGGAAGGGCCGGGACCAGGGCGCCAAACUGGGUCGGAACAGGAACUCCUGGUGCGUGGAGCUUCGCAACGGCCACCUCUCCGCUUGGCACAACGACCGACGUGUAGCGUGCCUGGGCGUCGGGCAGACGGUGCCGGGAAAGGUCGGAGUGUGGCUCAAUUACGACAAGGGCCAGCUGAUGUUUUACGACGCAGACACCAUGGUUCUCCUGCAGAGCUUCUCAGCAGCUGUGACGCCGGUGUUCGACAGGGCUCAUCACCAGUUCACGGAGCCUCUGUACCCCGCCGUACGCUUCCUAAGACCAGCAGAGAGCCAGAGGUGGCCCAAUCACCUGCAGCUCUGUGAUACUGCAGGCUCUAUCUAAAUGUCUGGCUAUAUAUAGCAUUACAUCAGAGCAGCUUUUAACUGACAAUAAGAUUUUCUUGACCGAUUAAAACUAUCAGUUAAACUGUUUUAAACAAUAAAAUAAAAAAAUUUAAACAUUAUAAAAAAGAAAAAUAUUGCUUAACUGCUAUUGCUAACCUUGCACUAGCAAGAGGCAUUUUAAAUAGAGCUGGGUGAACAAAUAUCACGGUAUUUUUAAGCAAAUACAUCAAUGUCAAUAUUGCGAUGAUAUUGUAGGGUUGAUUAUUGGUGCUUUCACAAAAUAUUAACACAAGAUUUUUGUUAAAUAAUAACUAAUAAUGUGGAUAUAAUGAGUAAGUGGGUAAAGGCAAAUAAUAAAUCAGCUAGUCUGUCUGGUAAGGUCAGAACAUUAAAUCAUUUUACUGCAAUGCAGCCUUUAAAACCAGGAAAAGACACUUGUGCCAUACGAUAUCCAUAAUUUAGGACGAUAUAUACGCCUUAUAUAGAGAUAUAAUAUCGAUCUAUUGCCCAGCCCUAGUUUUAAGCUGCUCUUUUUUUCUGCUCGUGGCUCUCUGCUGGACAGCGCUCACAGCAGAGAGCUCCGUGACCCGUAUCGCCACUAUAUUAAUGAGGACAGGCGGGUGUAAUCGACCGUCCUACACACAGAGAGUAUGCCAGGCAGACACAUAGCUGACACCUCGCACGGGGAUGAAUGCAGACAGGCUCAGACAUCCUCGCCAUCGGCCGCUGUGGACUUGUGUCUGCACGUGUCCACGGUAAUGCACGGAACAUUGUGGCAGGGGGACCGGUAAAAGUCCACAGCUGUCCACGGAACAUGGAAAGUUUGUCAGAGCCUCUCGAAUGGGGGAACUGGGACUCCACUGCCUGCUUGUUGGUUAAUGAUCGGUUAAAGAGGGUUGGCUAUCGGUCCGAAAAAAAGUAUUAGAAUUCCUAAUCAUAAUGACAAAUGAGACAAACUUACCUGAAGUCAAUGUCCAGCAGCAGACUCUUCAUUGGCUUAUGUUUCUGAUCCAGGUUUCGUAAUUUGAUCAGCUCCUGAAGUCUGGCACAAACCACAGCAAUCAUUACUGAAUACAAAUUCAAUAAGAAACAGAUCUCCAACAGCGUUUAAAAUCGCAAUCGUUACUAUUGGCAGUCACUGAAACUACGGAUGCACCGAUAACAUAUAUAUAUAUUUUUUUCCAAGUACAUUUUGGGUAAUUGCCGAUACAGAGUACCGAUAUGAGCAGUUAAUACCAUUACAUUUCUAACAAUAACUUUGAAAUCAUGUUUUAUUUUCACCUGAAUGUUGUGUUUUCCUUAAGUUUGUGGAAGACACACAUAUUUGGCAGGCGGGUUGAGGGGUCCUUCUUACGUUUUCAAUAAAAAUAAAACUUCACAUAA